GAGCGAGCAUGGGAGCGAAAAGCAAGCGACUCCCCGAGCUCUUGAGCACAGCCGCGCGAGAGAGUGAGAAGGCUGCGGGGCCACAGGGGCUGGGGGUGGAGCGCGGGCGCUGGGCCAAGCAAGAGACCAGGAAGCAGAGGUAAAUUGCCAGGGGCCAGUGCCGCAGCGAGAGCGGCGAGGACGAACGAACUGAACGACAGCAAACGAAAAUCAAUCAAAGGCACGGAGCUGCGGAGAACAGUUGUGGAACAUUAGCCGCUGGGUCUCGUCCAUCUCCCUCAUUCAUCGCUUCACCUCGUAAGUCCAAGCCGAACCUGUUUGCCCAACCAGGUGCCUGGCCACCUGCACACACUGCUGCCUACGGAUGGAGUUUCUGACAGGCACAUACGGCCUGUACAAGCUCCGGGAUGAAACGCCGAUGGGCGAAGAGUCAUAACAUCCAGCAUGGACAAGACCUGCGCAAAUGGAAUACGAGGCAGGAGUGGCAACGAGAAUACCAUGCCCGACCUGACGUCGGAGAGGAGGCGCGGAGCAAACGCGGCGAGGCCCCGCCGUGCCCGUGCGGCCGAGGCGCGGGGCCCCGCGGGCGCCGCUCACGGGGCCUCCGCCGCGCCGCCGCAGGCGGUGCCCUCGGGGGGCGGGCGGCGCGGAAGGCCCCGCCGCGGGGCGCAGGCCUCCGGCGGCGCCACUGCUGCGGCGGCGCCCCCCGCGCGGCCCGGGGCAGCCUCUCGAAGGAGAGGGUGUACCACAUCAUGUUCGCGCUGAUGCUCCUUCAGCGCCGGGAGGCCCUUGCCAGAGCACACCU